CUGCCUCGGAUGGUUGGCUUCGUCUCCACUAGGAUGUUUUCCCCAAAGCUGAAGGAGUUGAACAUUUUUACACAGGAAAAUAAAACGUGGUGUGUUCACUCCGUGGACUGCUACGCGGCGCUUAACAAGCAGACGUCGGAGCUUCAGAGAGCAGGGUGCCUGGCUCGCAGACUUGUAACCUUUAAGAAGUUCUGUGUUUCAAAUGCCGACUACGUUCUAUGCACAAGCUGUGGCAAUGAACCUGAGCAGUUCCUCAGAGGGGCAACUUUCUCACAUGACAGCCUAUCGACCUAAGGCUUCCAGAUCUCUUUUGAGUGAAAAUGAAUGUUUCUGCCAGGAUACUGUAACCGGAGGAUCCGGGUCUGGGCAGACUUGACCAUGGGAGCCAACACCUCAAGCAAACCACCUGUGUUUGAUGAAAAUGAGGAUGUCAACUUUGACCACUUCGAAAUUUUGCGAGCCAUUGGGAAAGGCAGUUUUGGGAAGGUCUGCAUCGUGCAGAAGAAUGAUACCAAGAAGAUGUAUGCAAUGAAAUACAUGAACAAACAAAAGUGCGUGGAGCGCAACGAAGUGAGAAAUGUCUUCAAGGAACUCCAGAUCAUGCAGGGUCUGGAGCAUCCUUUCCUGGUUAAUUUGUGGUACUCCUUCCAAGAUGAGGAGGAUAUGUUCAUGGUAGUGGAUCUCCUGCUGGGCGGGGACCUGCGCUAUCACCUGCAGCAGAAUGUCCGCUUCCAGGAAGACACCGUGAAGCUCUUCAUCUGUGAGCUGGCCAUGGCCUUGGACUACCUACAGAGCCAGCGCAUCAUCCACAGGGAUAUGAAGCCUGACAAUAUUUUGCUUGAUGAACAUGGGCACGUGCACAUCGCGGACUUCAACAUCGCGGCGACGCUGCCCCGGGAGGCGCGGCUCACCACCGUGGCGGGCACCCGGCCUUACAUGGCACCUGAGAUGUUCAACUCCAGGAGAGAAGCAGGCUAUUCCUUUGCCGUGGACUGGUGGUCCCUGGGAGUGACAGCGUAUGAGCUCUUGAGAGGCCGGAGACCGUACCAUAUUCGCUCCAGCACUUCCAGCAAGGAAAUCGCACACAUGUUUGACACGGCUAUCGUGGCUUACCCCUCUGCCUGGUCACAGGAAAUGGUGUCACUACUUAAAAAGCUACUUGAGCCCAAUCCAGACCAACGAUUUUCUCACUUGUCUGAUGUCCAGAACUUCCCAUAUAUGAACGACAUGAACUGGGAUGCAGUUUUGCAGAAGAGGCUCAUUCCGGGCUUUAUUCCUAACAAAGGCAGGCUGAAUUGCGACCCCACCUUUGAACUCGAAGAAAUGAUUCUGGAGUCCAAGCCUCUUCACAAGAAAAAGAAGCGUCUGGCGAAGAAGGAGAAGGAGAUGAGGAAAUGUGAUUCCUCUCAGACGUGCCUUCUCCAAGAGCAUCUGGAGUCUGUCCAGAAGGAGUUCAUCAUUUUCAACAGAGAAAAAGUAAAAAGGGACUUUACUAAAAGACCAGCUAACCUAGCUCUGGAACAAACCAAAGACCCACAAGAAAAGAACGGCCAGAAUAAUGAGUGAAGUCCUCCCCCUCUUCUGCUUGGGACACUUCCUGCCACUUCAGCCAGGAAUUGUUGACAGUAGUUCUCACCUCUCCACACCACACACACCUUAGAAAAUGUGUAUGAAUGCCUUUGGGAGGAGGCAGCAGGAUGGAGACAGAGUCCCAGGCACCUGGGACCUACUUUCACCACUAAUUAACCACGUGGCCUCCAGCAAGUCACUUCCCCACGGUCGCUGCUUCACAGUUUAUUCAUCUAAAAUGAGAGGGUUAUACUAGAGGAGCUCUGUGCUACCUUUUUCCUGCUACCAUUCUGUUAUUCGACACAGCCUUUAUCUUGAUUUUAAAAGGAAUAUUUAGAUGCAGAUUUCUUUUUCCACCCCUCCUAACUACACUGUGACACGUGGGCAAAUGGACACUGGUAGGUGGGUGAUUGAGUGAGGCUCUUCAGAGCCAGGGAAGUUCACAGAGAGGUCAGGAUCCCCACAUCUUAUUGAAGAGAGAGAAGGAAUUCAAUCAGGGAGAAAUGAACGGGAAAUUAGGGGUGACACAGAUUUAUGAGGCCUUCCAGUGGUAUUCUGGAGUCAGCACACGGUAUCAGCGUGCGUCAGCUAGCAAGAGCCUUGGGAGCACAUCUUUCCCAUCACCCCAGACAGUGAUGUGAAGCUGGGCAGCUGAGAUUGGUGAUGAGCAGUAAAUAUUGGCAAUAUUUACACCAUGGUAAUGGACAAUUGCUUCAAAUCAGGGUUCCCCCCCCCCCCCCGACAAGUCAGUUGUGAAGCAGUUAUUAGCAUACUGCUCACGUUCUUCUAGGAAGUAUGUUCCUUGAGGCUAAUUGUCCUCUUAUCAGAGACCUGUGUCUGGAGAGGAUCAGAAAAUAAUACGAUCACGGUCACGUUGAGACCAUGUCCACUUCGUAGCACAGUACUGCUACACCUUUUCUAUGCAGAGGUUACAGUCUAAAUAGAAUGGGAGGUGAAUUUGGAAGAUAGUAAAAUUUACACUUGGAAAAUCCCUUAAAUUACCCACACUGUGGUACGUAUCUUCUCUUAGUGAAGCCCAGUGCAGUGAGCCACCUUUCAGGAAUGAAACAGAUCACCAUUUGGGGGUUUGUUUUGGUUUUGUCUUUUGUUUUUGGUCCCAUUUUCAGCCAGUAUCAGAUGAACCAAAACGUGGAACCAAUUAUACAUGCCUUUGUAGCCUGGAAUAACAUAACUGUGGGAUGCUCCCACAUUUGAGAAGUCUAAGGUCACGGAAAUGAACUGAAGGCACCACUCAACUACAAGAAUGGUGGGCAAAAUUGCCUAUUUACAAUAUUAUUGAUGUCUCAGUCUUUUGCUUCGUAUAUUUUUAUUUAUUUGCCUAACACAAAGUUAAAUUCACCUAAGGGAGAUACGCAUAUGACUUAGCUCCACUCUCCUGAUACACAGAAGAUCCUUGCAGAGGAAUGAGCUCCGGCAACUCACAGAUGCCACGGAGUAGAGUCAACAAGCGAACAGGCUGGGGGUCGGGGGCUGUUUUAACCUCUUGGCUCCUCAGAUCAUCUAAACCUUGUCCUUACUUAUAGUGAGGGCCUUGCCAGGAUGGCAGUAAGCAGGCAACAGGGAAAACCAGACAGAGAAAAAUGGGCAGAAGUAACAGAUCCUGCAUCUGCUGCACCAGACAUCCAGGAGGGAAGCCACUCUCAGGCAAUUACACGUGGGUAGGAAGCCAAUGCUGGCUUUUAACUUGGAAUUCAGGAUUUCCUCCUCAGUGAGUUAGCAGGCCCAGAAUUUCUGCCAGAGCUGUGAACAGUGCCUCUCUACUUUAAGAGCAACCAUAUUUUUGUUAAGAAUUAAAGCCAGCUCUUCCGUUCUGUUUGAUUCUCUUUUUUCUACAUUUCCCACAUAUUACUUGCCUGUGCUAUUUUGCUUUUCUCCAGAUGCUAUAAACUACGCACUGGGCCUGACUCAAUUUCUAAUUAUAUAUGAAAAGAGCAAGUGGAAGGUGACCAGGUUCUUUUCCAGUUGGUAAUCGCAGAGUGUCAGGGGCCACUGGCAUGUUUACCAACUUGCAUUCCUUCAUGUGUUUUGACUCAAGUCUUCUGUCCUGUGGACAUAGUUCACCUGCUGAGAUCAGAUCAUCAGUCGCCUGGUUCCUCCUCUUGCUGUGACCUUGUACGUAUCAUCCCGGAGGAAAGACUUUGGGAAACACUGCAGAGCAACAGGAUCUAGGCUCUCCAUUGGGAAGGGAGCCAACCAUUGCACAUCUGUACAAUUUGUAACAGGAUAGGAACCCAAUACCAGCUCUGUAGUUUGAACCCCUAGUUCAUAUUUCCAGUGAGUUGCCGUUGUGCCUGAAGCACCUCUGUGGACAUUCAGGAGCAGUGGACACACCGACUAGAGAGCACAGCCUCAGAGCAGUAAGAUGGAUUGUCAGUCCUAAUCAGGUUACAGACCCACAAUGUGUUUCCAGUUAGAAACGAAAAAGCAUUGCAUCUAGAGUAUGGAACAAUAGAUUAUAAGCAUCUCCCACCGCCACACGUUUUAAACAUUAGGACAGUUUUCCAAAAACCAGGACACCUAAAUCUGUACCAUGAUUGCUAGAUGUUGAUAUCAGAGUCUUUGGUUUUAUUCCAUAACUGGAAUCAAAUGUUACUAACAUAACUGGGUCAAAUGUUACUACCCUAACCAGCUGGACCAUGUCUCAUCUAGAUUUGUGACAACCAAGGCUAAGAAUUUAAGAAAACAAGCUGACUACUGCAGCCCUUUGUGUGGUAUUCCCACCAUCUUCUAACUGCUUCCUCCCUUACCUGGGGGCAGCAUCUGAGAAAUCGGAGCAGGUGUUGAAGACCAAAAGCCUCUGGUUAUAACACUCUUACUCUGCAGCAGGGCCACCCACCCCCUUGCAUUCAGUGACCUGUAGUGGUGGCGGUGGGCUGUGUGUGGGAGGAACCAAGCCCUGAAACCCUGCCCACAACCCAAACUCCACGGAAGUAAAUACUCUGCUAAUAGCUAACACAUCUCGAUGGCAGCACUGGUUUUGGCCGGAGGUCAUUGCUAGGGCAGGGACGAAUGUCAAGCAGCUCGAAGCACUGCUAAAUUAAUUUACGGUCAUUAAUUAGUAGUUCAGCUUCUUGUGAUAGGCAAGUUUUAACCAGAAAGGACUAGACUUGAGCUCAUCAUAGCUUUUCUAGACUGGACAAACAGCUAGGGAGAAAAGGAAUGCUAAUAUAGCUGGCAGGAGCCAGCGCUGCUGCUUUUGAUGACGCAGCAACGCUAAGGCUUAAACUCACCGGCUGAACGAAAAGGCAUGCAGAACACGGUGGUGGUGUCGGUAGCCAGUGGUGCCUGCGUUGUCUACACAUCUUGUUUCCCACUGUCUGCCCAUGAUCGCUCUCUCUUCUAAGCUCAGCGUGUCUGACUGAGGUUAAACACUGAUGUUCGAAAUCCAAACUUCAGUCCUCUGUGCUGUUGCGCACAGGCAGCCCUUGGGUGGCAAACGCGUGCUUCUGUUGAUGUAAAUGUGCCUCGGUGUAUUAAAAUGUCUUCUGCAGACAGUGAGCCACUGA